CAUGUCACAGAGACACCUGCCACAUACGUUACAAGACACCGCUAAGAGCCGGUGCAGUAGCACUGUGCAUUGUCCGAUUUUUUUCGUUACUUGUAGAGUUGCAGAUGGUUGCAGACAAGAGGCUUUGUGCGAGAAAAGCAGUGUGAAAGUAACUAAGGUCUUUACCGGUGUGUCGUCGGUGGUUUUCUGUGGCGUCCCAUCAACAGAUGAAUUUGUGGUUGUGCUGCCAUUUACAGCAAGUAGUUCCUCUUUCGGACGUCGUAAUUGGUGACGGACUUCGGGAAAUGCAGCUAUUGCCACUUUUCCCCGUCCGCGACCAGCCAUUGUCGAUUUUGACUUGACUUGACCACGUGAUCGCAGAAGUGAUGGCGAUGCGACGAUGCUAUGCUGUCAUGUUCGCUGAACCACUGAGCUCACUAAAAAGCUAACGAGCUGCUGACAUUCCUUGUGGUACUGCAAUUGUAAGCACAGGACAAAAUGCGGCGUUCUUGAAAACUCACUUCUUAACUUAAGACAGUUUAGUAAAUCCGCUCGACGAUCCAACAAGAUCCAACAUGACGGCCUCCGUAGUAUCUGUUUCAGCAUGAACCGGGAACGAAACUGCUCGCAUUUGCUAAGGCGUCGAUGUUUAUUACGUCGUUUUGCUUCGCACAUGAAGUGAUCAAGGAAAAGCAGAAUGUCUGCCAUAAUGGAGAGGACUGUUCACAUGUUCCAGACUUAUCUGGAACGGAACUUGCGUGGUGAUGCAUCCUAUGUUCAGGAGCUGGUUGAGAUAGCAUCUGCGCCAACUAAAGAAGAUGAAGAUCAUCUUUUACGUAAGAAGCUCACUGCCCUGGAAACGAGUAUGAAAAAUAAUGACGGGAAGCAAGGUAAUAUAGAGGGUUGCCUACUGCAAGCCAUGUAUCUGGAGAUGUUGGGUUAUUCUGCAUCGUUUGCUUACAUUCACGCCGUCAAGCUGCUGGAGCAAGGCAAUGUCAAACAGAAAGUACUUGGAUAUAUGGCAGCUUGUACUAUGCUUCACUCUGACCAUGAACUUGUGCUGCUAAUCGUCAACACUCUUCAGCGGGACAUUUCGAGUAGUGUGUCCCUAAUAGUCGUUGCAGCACUGGAGGCAAUACCAAAGCUCAUUCAUGGAGAAAUGACAACAGCAUUUCAGGCACCUGUACUCGAGAAAACAAGGCAUUCUAGUGCCAUUGUGCGAAAGGCAGCUACGUUUGCCUUACAUCAUUGCUAUGCACAGUCUGGCGUGUCUACCAUUCCCUCGCUUCUGCUGCCACCAUUCAAGAAAGCCCUGGACGAUUCAGACCUCAGGGUUGUGUGCUCAUCAAUACACAGUUUUUGCUCUUUAGCAGAGAGUGCCACUGGUGACCUAAGUCACUUGUAUUUGCCUCUGGAGAAAGUGUAUGCGCAGCUUCGACAACGAACUGUUGGGUCUGAAUAUGAGUUUGGCGGCAUUGCAAUGCCAUGGCUCCAGAUUUCUAUCUUGGUCACGUUCAGCCGCUUGAAACUGCACACAGAGCAAUACAAUAUGUUAGCUCAAGUACUGCAAAGGACACUUGAAUCAACAGAGGUCACUCAUGGCAUAUAUUAUGCAAUCAUCUUAGAAGCUGUCAAUACAGUUGGUAAAGUUAUGAGUAACAGUACUACUCUGGCAAACAUAUCCAUUGGAUGUGUUUCAAAGAUGCUUCGUUCAAACAAUGCAAACCUAAAUUAUUGUGGGGUAGAAGCUUUGGAGCACAUAUUGUCAAGGUGUUGCCCAUCAGAAGCUGUCCGCUGCCAGGAUGUGAUCAUCGACUGCCUUCAUCAUCCAGAUGACAGUGUUAGAAUAAAAACAUUAAAUCUGCUUGUGACAAUGGCAAACCAGCAGAAUGUGACGGUGAUUGUGAAUCGCAUUAUGAAGUUACUAGUUUCUACUCCAGACGAGUCUACCCAAUCAGCUAUUGUACAGAAGGUCCUGCACCUCUUAGACAAAUAUCCGGGUGAUGUCAAUUGUUCAACUGAGACGUUUGCUACAUUGCUGUUUGCAGCUCCCCAUCUGGUAUCGGAAGAUAUUGUGUUCCAAUUUAUCAGUAAGUUUAAUAUAGAUGGUGGCGCAGUCGGAAAACUUUAUCCCAUCGUGUUUUCGUAUUGCGAAAGCAAUUUGGCUACAGCCCGAGUAUCAGCUCUUCACUUUGCAAUAUGGGUGCUCGGAGUUUCGUGUAACGAAGCAGGCGAGAAACAAAAACAGGGCACAAGAAUGUUGCUGAAGUUGCUUCAUACUCACUCACAUCAUAGCUCUCUCUGCAUAAAUGCACUGAGUGCCCUCAUGAAAGCCUCGCUGGUCACAAAACAACCAAUUACUGAUGAUGAUGGAGUGCUGCUGCAUUUAAUUGAAAAGACACUCACAGUUGUUAUUAAACAGAGGGCUUCAGAACUGCUGAACUUGGGCAGGUUGUUCAAGAACAACAAUGAAAUAGUUCUGCACGUGGACAAGAAACCUGGACAGCUCGAUGCUGGCCUGUCCUUCCUGGAUGGUUAUGUGAGUGAUGCAUUGAAGAAUGGGGCAGCUCCAUACAAACCAAAAAGUCAACGGCGAGUGUCCACACAAGAGGAACAGCUACUUAUCUCUGACGUUAACACUAUGACCUCUUCCAUGGCAUCAACAGCUGGGUCAGAUGAAUCAUCAGCUCAUCAGUUCCUCGACUCACCUUCCUUAGCCUCUUCUGAAAGCUUCGGGAAGCCCAAGCUGUGGUCGUCUGCUGGAAGAGUCAGAGAGGUGAAGGAUGACACUGGUCCAGCAUCUCAGACUGAAAAUGUUGGAGAGGAACCCAAAAUGGAAGAUGCUGAGUUAUUGAAGUCAUUAUUUAGUUCUGCCAUACACAUGGACCCCAUGCCUUCAGUCAACUUACUUGUCGAAGAGGAUACCAACGCACAGGUGAAGCAAGCUGCAGAAGAAACACCUGCAUUACCGGCACCAGCAGUUCCUCGGAUCUCGCAGAGUGAAGAACUGUGGGGUAUAAAAGUGAAAAAGAAAUCCUCCAAUGCUGAUUAACGUGAUUACUAUAUUAAAAAUUUGAAUUGUGGUUUGA